ACGUACUGCUGAAGCGUCUCUCGGCUGUUUCCGUUUGGUGAUGGCAGCGUCCGUGCGUGCGCUGAUGAGAGAACGGAACGUUUAUUCUUCUCUUCUUUUUCUCUCGUAGCUUUUUAUGAUCCCCAGCUGAUGCUCUGAUCCGCGCACGACACUCCAGCCUUUUAAUCCACUGCUCGUGCACGGCCGCAGCAUCAGCGCGCGUCCUCUCGCUCGCUCCCGAACUGUGCUGACUGUGCGCGUGCCUCCUCCUCAUCUCGCGCUGCACCAUGGCGCUGACCGUCUGCACGCGCUUCACCGACGAGUACCAGCUCUACGAGGAGCUCGGGAAAGGAGCGUUCUCCGUGGUGAGGCGGUGUGUGAAGAUCUCGUCAGGCCAGGAAUAUGCAGCUAAAAUCAUCAACACCAAAAAGCUCUCUGCCAGGGAUCAUCAGAAACUGGAGCGAGAAGCUCGAAUCUGCAGACUGUUAAAACAUCCCAAUAUAGUACGUCUCCAUGACAGUAUAUCUGAGGAGGGCUUCCAUUACCUUGUGUUUGAUUUGGUCACAGGUGGAGAGCUGUUUGAAGACAUUGUAGCAAGAGAGUACUACAGCGAGGCUGACGCCAGCCACUGUAUUCAGCAGAUUCUGGAGAGUGUUCAUCACUGCCACAUUAACGGCAUUGUGCACAGAGAUUUGAAGCCUGAGAAUCUGUUGUUAGCAAGUAAACUAAAGGGAGCCGCAGUGAAGCUGGCUGAUUUUGGACUCGCAAUAGAGGUGCAGGGUGAGCAGCAGGCGUGGUUCGGUUUUGCUGGGACGCCUGGUUAUCUGUCGCCUGAGGUUCUGAGGAAAGAUCCUUAUGGCAAACCAGUAGACAUGUGGGCCUGUGGUGUGAUCCUCUACAUCCUGUUAGUUGGUUAUCCUCCGUUUUGGGAUGAAGAUCAGCAUCGUCUCUAUCAGCAGAUCAAAGCCGGAGCGUAUGAUUUUCCCUCUCCAGAAUGGGACACAGUGACUCCAGAAGCGAAAGAUCUGAUUAAUAAAAUGCUCACAAUAAAUCCCAACAAACGCAUCACUGCAGCCGAGGCUCUCAAACACCCCUGGAUCUGUCAACGCUCCACCGUGGCCUCCAUGAUGCACCGACAGGAAACUGUAGAGUGUCUGAAGAAGUUUAAUGCCAGGAGGAAGCUGAAGGGUGCCAUUUUAACAACACUGCUAGUUACCAGGAACUUUUCAGCAGCUAAGAGUUUGUUGAACAAGAAGCCGGACAGUGUGAAGGUCAACAACAAGACCAACAAAGACACAGGCUCGGCCCCAGCACUGGAACCCCAGACAACGGUUAUCCACAAUCCAGUGGAAAGGAACAAGGAGUCAACAGAGAGCAACAACACCACUAUAGAGGAUGAAGAUAUAAAAGCCUGUCAAGUUGUUAGUAAAGCUCGAAAGCAGGAGAUCAUUAAAGUCACUGAGCAGCUGAUUGAGUCCAUCAAUAAUGGAGACUUUGAAACUUACUCUAAGAUGUGUGAUCCUGGUCUGACGUCUUUUGAGCCUGAGGCUUUGGGGAAUCUAGUAGAAGGACAUGAUUUCCACCGGUUCUACUUUGAACACGCUCUGUCUAAGGGCACUAAACCGGUUCACACUAUCCUGUUAAACCCUCAUGUCCACUUGAUCGGCGAGGAUGCUGCGUGCAUCGCAUACAUCCGUCUCACGCAGUAUUUAGACUCUGGCCGUCCGAGAACCGCUCAGUCUGAGGAGACGCGAGUGUGGCAUCGCCGUGACGGGAAGUGGCAGAACAUCCACUACCACCGCUCUGGAGCACCGGGCGCCAAGUACCAAUAACUAAUCACCAAUCAUUCAUUAAUAAUCAAUAAUCACUCUGUUACACUCCCACUGCUUCCCAAAGUGUCUGUAUAAAACACUUAGCUCUGUCUGUGUGUGUGUGUGUGUGUGUGUGUGUGUUGCAGCUGAAGUGAGCUUGCCUAUCAGCUGGAGGCCACGCCCACUGCAUCAACCCACUGCAAAAGAUAUCACAGUCUAUCUCAUUCUCUCUCUCUCUCUCUCACACACACACACACACACACACACACACACACACACACACACACAUACAAAGAAAAUGAUGAAAGGAAGGUGUGUUUUUACCACUUAAUUUUGUUUUGUUUAUAAUGAUGAACAUAAAUCUGUGUGUGUGUGUGUGUGUUGUUAAGGUGAUGUACAUAUGUGAUAAACAAUUUACAAAUGUCUUACAGAAAAAUGCAGGAUUAUGUUAAAGGCUUUGUUCACACACACACACUCACAGUGUUUACUAAUGUGAUUAUAUACAUUAAUAAAAGUGUAUACGCUGUGAGAAUGUAGCAUAAAGAGCACAUGAGCUGUGCAUGCAGAUUAUUAUAGACCUCAUGAAUAUUCAUAUUAAAUAAUGUUUAUUCAUAUCUAAUCUUAAUGUUUAUGGGUCCAAGCACAUUUUGUUAGAAUCUUCUUCUUCUUCUUCUUCUUCUUCUUGUUAGUGUUGUUGUUGUUGUUAGUCUUGUUCUUAGCAAUAGUAUUGUAGUAUUUUUCUUUUUACGUGUUGAAGCACAGUGAGGAGUACAACUGUAAAGUGUAGAGAUGUAGCAGGACGGUGACGUGUCCAAUCCGAUCAACUUCACCUUGAUGGUGGUGCUAUAGAGCAGGAUUUUGACCAUUUGGCUCCACCCACGUUAAUUGUGAGUUAUUUUUAUCUACACAGUAUUUGGUUUAUAACUUCUACAGAUCAUGUAGGCUAAAACAAUGAAAAGAAAUUUGAUUGGCUGAACUGUAUGUUGUACAUGGCAGUGAAAUUGGAGUCAUGGCUCUGUAACCAUCUCUGAUUUUUAAAAAAAAUUUAAUCAUCCAAAAGACAGAAAUGACAAACUGGGGUCUAUCUGUGGAUCAGUGCUUGGACCCCAGUGAUUGCUGCUCAUGGCUGUAGUUACAUUAAUUUACAUUUCUCCUCAUGUUUAUUUAUUCCUAUAAAGAUCUUUUAUUUGUAUUAUUAACAGCUUCCUUUUCCUCAUGUACUUCCUGCAGUGCAUUGUAGGUAUUUAUUGACUUAUUUCUUUAUUAAUAUAUUUAUUUAUUUAUUCAAGGGUGUUAAUGACAUCACUGUGUACAUGUUGUGUUUACUAUAAUGAUAUAAAGCGUGACUAGAGCUGAUUGGUUAUUGUGGGAUACUGGCACAUGGCCCGGGUUUCAUUGUUUAGGUGAUGAUGUUAUCAGUGAUGUCUUAACCGGACGGUCUUCCUCGAGGAGAAACCUCAUCACUGCUCGACUAUGCCAUUCAUCACUUUAUUAUUAUUAUUAUUAUUAUUGUUGUUGUUGUUGUUGUUGUUGUUAUUAAUUGCUCUGCUGAAACUGCACCAUAGGUGUGGAAAGGUUAAUUUAUCACCAUGACAACAUUUAGCAAUUUAACAUUCAAAUAAAACUACAAUAAUAAAGUUCUGAUGUGAAUCAA